GGCGGGCGGAUCGCAGCGCUCCCGCGCCGGGGCAGGCCGUCCUCACGGCUCCUCAACGACCGCGCCGCCUUACGGCCGCGCCGUAAAGCGCGGCCGGCGCGACAGCGCGCGGCCUUCCAGUGGCGGGCAGCGGCGGGGUCGGGCCGGGCGCCGUGAGGCGGGCAGGGGCGGAUGCCCGGGGGCGGGAGCAGCCCGGCUGAGGCGGGCGGCGAGGCCGGCGGCGCGGCGGGCGGCGGCGGCGGAGCGGCGGGCGGCAGGAUGAGCCUGUCGCCGAAGGAGCUGACGAGCCUGCUGGGCAUCGUGUCGGAGGAGGCGGGCGGCAGCACCUUCGAGGGCCUCUCCAGCGCCUUCCACCACUACUUCGGCAAGGCCGAGCACUUCCGCCUGGGCUCCGUGCUCGUCUUGCUGCUGCAGCAGCCCGACCUGCUACCCAGCCCGGCGCAGCGCCUCACCGCCCUCUACCUGCUGUGGGAGAUGUACCGCACCGAGCCCCUCGCCGCCAACCCCUUCGCCGCCGUUUUCGCCCACCUGCUCAACCCUGCUCCCGAGCGAGGCGGUGACGAGGCGGAGCGCACCCCGCUCUCAGGCUUCUUGCCGCCCAUAACCCCGCCCGAAAAGUUCUUCCUCUCGCAGCUGAUGCUGGCCCCCCCCAGAGAGCUGUUCAAGAAGACCCCGCGCCAGAUUGCAGCGAUGGACGUUGGAAACAUGGCCCAGUCGGUGGAUAUAAGCGGGCUUCAGCUGGCCUUGGCGGAGCGUCAGUCUGAGUUGCCAACGCAGAGCAAGGCCAGCUUCCCCAGCAUCCUCAGCGAUCCUGACCCAGAUUCUUCCAACUCUGGUUUUGACAGCUCUGUUGCCUCCCAGAUCACUGAAGCAUUAGUGAGUGGACCAAAGCCUCCUAUAGAAAGUCACUUUCGGCCAGAGUUUAUUCGUCCACCACCUCCACUCCACAUAUGUGAGGAUGAAUUGGCGUGGUUAAAUCCAAUAGAACCAGACCACACAAUUCAGUGGGACAAGUCAAUGUGUGUUAAAAACAGCACUGGAGUUGAGAUAAAAAGAAUUAUGGCAAAAGCUUUUAAAAGUCCUUUGACUUCCCCACAGCAAACACAGCUCCUUGGAGAACUGGAAAAGGACCCCAAGCUUGUUUACCAUAUUGGUCUCACUCCUGCCAAACUGCCAGACCUCGUUGAAAACAAUCCUUUAGUAGCCAUCGAAAUGCUGCUCAAACUGAUGCAGUCCAGUCAGAUAACAGAGUAUUUUUCUGUCUUGGUCAACAUGGACAUGUCUUUACAUUCAAUGGAAGUUGUCAAUCGGCUGACUACUGCAGUUGAUCUCCCUCCUGAAUUUAUUCAUCUUUACAUCUCCAACUGUAUCUCCACUUGUGAACAGAUUAAAGACAAAUACAUGCAGAACCGCCUGGUACGUCUUGUGUGUGUCUUUCUUCAGUCUUUGAUCAGAAACAAAAUUAUCAAUGUACAGGACUUGUUUAUAGAAGUGCAAGCAUUCUGCAUUGAGUUCAGCCGGAUCCGAGAAGCUGCUGGCCUUUUCAGGUUGCUGAAGACCCUGGACACUGGGGAAAACCCAUCAGAGACAAAAACUUCUAAAUAAGACUGUGCUGUCAGGGGAGGGGAAAAAGCCUGGCAGCAUUCUGUACUAAUUAAUUGUAUAUUAUUUCAAACUGAAAUCACUGGAUUAAUAAUGUCAAACACUAUAAAUAGCAUUUUCUGCAUUGAUCAAUAAAUGUUUUUCUCAGA